ACGAUGAAUCUGAAAUUGUUGAUGAUUUUAUUGGUCGCGUUGGGUGACUCAUCGGCUUCAACGUUCGUGAAGGAUAAACUCUAUUAUUUCGAAACUUACUAUAAGGCGUCGUGGUUCAAGGCCUUAAUGGCAUGCGGUAAAAUGGGCAUGGAAUUGUUGAGCAUUGAUUCCGAUGCGGAAUUCGAUAAAAUCCAUGCGCUCGUCAAGGAUAAAGUGGAAUACAAGGAAGGUCUGAUGAUCUGGACGUCGGCGGCGAUGAAGGAAAUAGGACAAUUUAAUUGGAUUUAUACCGGAAAUCCGGUUGAAGUGUCCAAAUGGUUGUCGGACCAACCGAACAAUUUCGGCAAAAACGAGUUCUGCAUGCAUAUUUGGUUAUACAAUAAACAAUUCGUGCUGAAUGAUAUCCGAUGCGAUACUGAAGCGCACUUCAUAUGUGAAUCGUGGAAAGUAUAAAUCUAUAAUAUUGAUAAGUUUCUCUCAAUUUUGUAAUCUUAUUGUGAAAUU